AACUGUACACUCUCUAAAACUUUUGCAGCUAACUUUUCUGAGCAAGUGGUCGAAAGCUUUCCAUCCGAUAUCUCUACCGGUAUAUACUAUGGAUGGGCGUGUGUUGGAAAUGGAGAUGUGCAUAAAAUGGUUUUGAGCAUAGGAUGGAAUCCUUUCUAUAAGAAUAUUAAGAAAUCAGUGGAAACACAUGUUAUCCACACUUUCAAAGAUGACUUUUAUGGAGAGAUUCUUAGUAUAGUUAUUAUUGGAUAUAUUAGAUCAGAAAAAACCUUCAGUUCUUUAGAGGCACUCACUUCAGCAAUUCAGGAAGACAUUGAAGAGGCAAAAAGACAGCUAGAUUUACCAGAACAUCUUAAACUCAAAGAAGACAACUUCUUUCAUCUGCCAGAAGGCAAAAGAGUAAACCACUAAGCAAAACCAUGUGGCAUUUUUUAAUCUCAUGGAACUCUUUUCUUUGCCCUACUGUGUAUCGCGUAUCAUUUGGUAUUUGACGUAUGCAUGUGUACUGGGUCUGGCUGGGAUGGAGUUAAUUUUCUUCAUAGCAGCUCAUAUAGUGCUGUGUUUUAGACUUGUGAUCAAAACAAUGAAUACAGCACAUAAUGUUUUACCUGUCUCUGAACAGUGCUUGCACAGCAUCAAGGCCUUCUCUGUUUCUCACUCUGUUUCCCCAGUGAAUAGAUUGGGGCUGUGCAGGAGGUUGGGAGAGGACACAACCAGACAGAUGACCUGAACUAACCAGAGAUAUUGCAUGCCAUAUAAUGGUCGUGCUGAGCAGUAAAAGGGAGAGGAGGGUAUUCAGGGAGGUAGUCCAUCUUUUGUUUGGGAUCUGGCUGGGCACCUGGUGCAUGAUUGCCUUUGCAUCACUUGUUUUCUUUUUUUCUUCUUGCACUCUCCUUUGCUUGUUCAUCUAUUUUCAUCUUGACCCAUAAAUUUGUUUGCUUUUAUUCUUCUUUCUAUGCCCUAUUGGGGGAGGUGUGGGGGAAGUGAGCUAGUGGCUGUAUGGUGCUUACCUGCCUGCUGGGUUAUCCUCCAACAAACAUGUUUAGGUAACUGUGAUUGGAACAGAACACUGAAAACUCACAAGGUGAUUUAAGUUUGUUUGUGUUACUUGAUCAUUUAACCAGCCAUGCAAAAGGAGUAGAAGGCUAUUUUAGGUCUUUACUGAAAAAUUGUGAAUCCCAGUGUUACCAGUCAUUUAGAGAUUUAGCACAUGUGGAACAAGACCAAAGUUACUUGUGACCUCUUCUGCCCUUAAGGUGUAGAGAGUUAAAUACUUCAGUGAAGACUGUCAGUUUUCCAGACAGACAAUGUUAUUCCAAACUCUUUUCCCAAUUUUUUAUCAUUCUUACAUUUGGAUUAUAGGUAGCAGCUUAGAAAAUUUAUAUAUUGAUUUAAGUUAAAAAUUUACCUGUGGUGCAGGAAGCCAAUGAUUAGAUAAAGUAACAAUUUUUGAUAUGCUAUACAGUUGUCAUGGUUGUAGUUGUCAUUUUAAUUGGAACUUUUUAUUGUAAUUUUAAUUAAAACAGAGGAAAUGGCUGUGUUACUGGAACGUGAGAUAGGUAUUUCUGCCUAGUUGACUAUGCGUAUGACAACACAUAACCUGUGUAGUUGCCUUCUGAGAAGGUGUUUCACUAAAGUUCGGGAAGUAAAUGACAGGGAGAAAGUUGGUACACUGCAAAAGUUUGGGCUUAAAGGGUACAGAACCAGUCUAACAAUAUUUCUGCUCUUUGGGCCCUAAGGUGGAGAAGGUAACUAAAGGCAACAGCAUUUUGACCUAUGUUGCUAAGGUUGUUUGUAAAUUUAACUCUCCAAAGACACUGGCAGUUUUGUCCUAACUGUUGCCUGGACAUUUUUAGUACAU